CGGCUCUCUGGAUCGGAGCGGCCACAACUCAGCAGCAGAACCGGGCGUGAGGAGUCCCAGGCGCGGGGGUAGCGUCAAGGCACCACCGGCCCUGGAGAGCUGGAGGUGGGAGCGAGGGAGGAAGGCCGGCUGUCCUCGCUGUUCGACCACUUUCUGCCUGGAAGACGUUCCAGGAGCAUCAUGAGCAGCACCGCCAGGGGGGGUUUCCUCUCUCCACCGAGGGAGUGAGGGGAAAAAGAAGGACAGAAGAGGAGGACAGGUGAGAAGGAGAAAGGAGAGAGAGGAGGAGGGACAAGAAGAAGAAGAAGAAGGAGAAGAAGGACGCAGAAAACUUUCCCUUAAAAGAACCCCCCCCCUCCCCCCUAUUUUGACCAUGAGGCUGUGAAUUCCUCUUCCUCCUUCAGAACGCCUCCUCUUCAUCAACUAACCCCAUGGCCCCCAAAGUAGGUCCCACAGGUCAGAGCCCCAGCAGCCCCCUCUGGAUGCUGCUGUGGCCCCUGCUCUGUGCACUGGUCCUGGCUGAGGGCACUUCACUCGGCACAGAGGACCCGCAGGGCACCGGUGCCAUGUCGCUGCCGGAGGAUUGGACCGGCACGACUGUGCAGCUGCAGCCGGACCUGCAGACUGAAGCCGAGACGCAGGCAGGAGCACAGACGGAGGCACAGACGGAGGCUGUGACAGAGGCUGUGACAGAGAUGCAGACUCAGAGCAUCACCAGCAAUUACACAGGACUGUCCUGUAUCCCCGUCAUGCCUCCGCGUCGGGGCUCCUUCUACGUGGAGAGUGGCACAGGUGUGUCUGUCGGCAGCGUGCUGGCCUUCUGGUGCAGAGAGGGAUACCAGCUGGUCGGCAGCGACAAGAUCUACUGCAACGUCAGGAAAGGAAAACCCCAGUGGAGCAACUACCUGCCUGUCUGCGAAGCGAUCCCCAGGCCAGAGGACCGAGGUCUGAGAGUUGCCGUGUUAGCGUCAGUGGUGAGCGGCAUCGUCAUCCUCGCCAUGUCCCUGUCCUUCCUCAUCUGCUGUCUGCAAGAGCGCACGGGCCGGGACCGAGCCAAGAAGGAGGGCCGGAGCAGGCGCAGGGAGAAGAACUCGUCCCGCCGCAGCGAGUGUUGGCUGGAGAGAGAGGAGGGCGAGUGGGAGGCCUUCCCUCCUCCCAAGAUCUUCCACCUGUCUCAGAGGGUGAACCCCCGCCUGGCUCCAGACAGCCCCCUCUACCUCACCGGAAGCCUCGGGGGAUACGAGAACAGAGGAUACCAGAGGAGUCAGGAGAGUUUGCUGAAGGCUUCCCUGCCUGGACUUUACCGCUCCGAGUCCCAGCUGUACCCGCACGUGGUCCUGCAGAGGGUCCCCACUCCGACGGCACCCAACGCCCCGUCGGCGCCGUCCGCCCCUCUCUACCUACACCUCGCUACCUCCUCCUCCACCGCCUCCUCACCAGCCCACACAGGCCCCAGCAGUCAGCCUCACCUCAUGGCGCAGUACCCGACCCCAACAUACCCACCGAACCCCAACACAGCUGUGCCCCCCUACCCCCACCCAGCACCGGCGCCCAUCUACCCCCACCCCAACCCGGUACCACAGCGGCGAUGGCAGUAGCCAUCACAUUGACAUAGCCCUGUGACGUUCCUGUGAAGGAAAACCCAGGAAGAAAGCAUUGCAGGCAUGUUCUGGAGGCACAUGAAGUCUUUCCAUCUUCCUCAUCUCUGUUUUCUCACACUGAAGGCUGCAAAUGCAACUUUCAUAAGCAGACCUGAUGGGAAAGUGCAGACAUGGACACACAGCCAGUCGUAGACGCCUCUCUGUUUUGCCGCAUGCUUGCAGUUUGGACUGGAUCCCAAGCAACUGAACACUGAAGGGUUUUCUUUGUCCUUAAUUCUUACUGAACUACUACGGCUGCUGCACUCUGCCAGAGGAGCUCUUCCAAAGAAGCCCUGCUUUCUUCAAGCCGUCAGAGAUGUCAGCUUCAUGUAGCCUGUUGACAAAGGGACAUGACGAGUUGUACUAAUUUAGUUUAACCUUUUGACGCUCAAGAGAAAAUAACCCGCAGAGGAGGAGGUCUUCAAUCAAUGGCCGCCACUGGUUGGACAGCUCAUGGACAUGCUGACUUUUUAAAUAGUUGAUAUUUAUUGUGUGAUUGGAUAUCUUUGAUAUAAAGAUAGAUACUUUGAACAGAGCAUGUGUGAUGUAAUAAAAAGCUUCUGGGUCACUUUUCUGAUCAGUUGUACUAGAUUGACGAUCCGGAUUACUCGGCAGCACUGUGAAAUGCCUCCGUUGGCUGCUAUGAGUUUAACUCAUUCUGUCACAUCAUUAUUUAUAACAAAGACACGUCUCAUGGUCGGCAGUACCAAUAUUAUAUAGAUUCUGGCAUAGUCUCAAAUGGGUUUAGGAACAUGAUGAAAAUAUAAGACUCAAAUUCUGACUUGAAAUCAAGACCGGGCAGAUUUAUAUUUGCAAAUGAUUGUCACACAUUGAAUCAGUUAUGUCCAGUUUGAGCCCAGGAUAUAUUCAGAUAAUGUCAGAUUUCCCACAGAAAAUAACGGAUUUUUGGAAUUGACUUAAAAUUUUGAAAAUGUACAUUGGUCAGUUGCUGUGGGAUGAAAGCUUAGUGCAGAUAAAAGCAAUGUGUCAAGUUUGAGCAGGAGGAGCCAUGAGAGAUAUGACGACCUAUAAAAUAACUUGAAAUCUAAACUUCAGAUUUUCGUCUUAAUUUAACUUUUCUUUUUUUAUCUACAUCUUGAGCAUUUAAAACCGUGUGAGCUUCCUUUACUGUUGCUUUAGUUUACACGGGGGCUUUUAUAUUUAACAGAAGAGCUUGAGUAUAGACACUAACAAAUCAUAUUUUUUUGAAGGGGCGGUGUUUCAACGUCUUGGACCGACCGUCCUAGAUAUUUCUUGUACUGCUUGUUGUAUAAUAACGAGACUGCCAUAAAAAGCUCAAUAAAGAGAUUAUAGUUUAGUUCAACA